AUGCGAUUACUCAUCACGGGAAAGGAAACAAAUAAAGCUUUUGCGGUUGUGGGGACGGGUGGAACGAAAGAUGACCCAAUUGGUUUUCAUUAUCAUAAAGAGGCUCAUGAUGUGUUUUUGUGUUUGAAGGGUACGCUGAAUGUGUGGGCGAAUGAUGAGGCGAGGAGUUUGGGUCCGGGUGAUUUCGCUAGUGUGCCGCCGGGGACAAUCCAUCAAUAUCAAAUCACCACUUCUCACACCGAAUUCAUGGGUCUCAUCAUCCCUGGUGGAUGGGAGGAAUUCUUCCGUUUCAUUGGCGAACCAUACUCUGGUCCCCUAUUCCCCACAAACGACAAUCGCAAUCCCUUCGAAGUGCUCAUCCCAAAACUAAUGGCUGCGACUGAGAAAUUCGACAUGAUCCCCGUACGUGAAAAAAAGAGCUUCGAUCCACAGCCAUGGAACGGUACUGAGAAUAAGUUACCCGGAAAAUGUGAGAACGGAGGAUAUUUCCUAAAGGAAGGAGAGGGCGAAAAGAAGAUUAUCGGAGGAACAGUAGUGAGAGCUCUGUGCAGCAGGGAGGAAACGGAUCACAGAUUUGCCAUUUACGACAUCCUGGGAAGCUCUAUGCAUACAUCCAAGGCAUUCGACAAAGAAGUCCAAUUUGCAGAUACUCACCACGCCAUAUACACCGUAGAAGGCGCCCUCAAAUUAAUCAUUGGAGGCGAGGAAGUCGUUGCUCCAGCAGGAGAAACCACAUUUGUACCUGCGGGUACAAAGUUCAAGGUGGGCUUUGAGACCGUGUAUGCAAGAGCAUAUAUUUUUGCUAAUGGAGGGGGUAUUGGGGAAUUGUUGAGUGGAUUGGGGAGUGUGUAUCAAAGUGUGACGGUGCCGGAUAAGGUUGAGGGCAGUUGGGAUGAGGGGAAGUUGAAGGAGUUGGAAGGAAAGUUGGUGGUUUUAAGUUUUUAG